AAGAGUACAGGUUUUUUUAUGGCAUAUGCCGUAAACGAGCAGACGGAUCACCUGAUGAUAAGCAAUCGGCGUCGCCCAUGGACACCAGAGGCGUUACAAGUGCGUUACCGGCCUUUUGGGAAUUGGAAAUUUGAGGAUUGUGUGGGAUUCGGGGAUUGGGGAGACUAAGGAAGGGGGUAAUUGGGCCGGUAACCUCACUCACACGACGAAACAUAACACAAGCGUUGUUUCACGUCGGUUUUCUGCUCGGCAGUGGUAUCACUCCGGUCGAGCCGGCCCACUUUUCACUAUUUAUGUUAUGAGUCCCAUGUAA